AUGCGGCUCCGUCAGGAAUCGUCAGACCGGCACAGCCGGAGCCACAGUAAUCUGCCAAGCUUCGCCUCCUCCCUCUCCUCCUCGCCUGACGUCGCCACGCGCGGCGCGGGGCGUCGAACAUCUCACUCGGAAGAACAGGUACUAGAGGCGGAUUACCGGGACCCAUCGAAGGUAAAUUAUUCCCAGCAGAAUAGUGAAGCGUAUGCGCCGCAGACGGACGGCGGCUUGCCGGGACGGCGAAUUAGGGUUUCGAGCCACAGCGUGGGGCACAUGGGGGAGAUGGCAUCCGCGUCCCGUGUGCCUCCCCGCGCGCCGGGACCAGGUCGCGGGAGUCCCGUGAGUGCUCUCAACAAGGAUCGCCGCAGGCCAAUUUCGUAUGAUUCGCAGCAGUUCGUGAUGUCAAACGACCUCGCGGAUGGCACCCACGUCGCCGGUUUCGCCGCCGGUGGUAACCAGCUGGGUGCUGGGACUCGGCAUCCCUUGAGUGGGAGCAGCGGACCCGGCAGGGGCGGCGGAUUAGGAAGAGGAGGAGGAGUAGGAGGAGUAGGAGCAGGAGGCGGCGGCGGAGGCGGUGGUGGGAGUGGCGGUGCGGGUGGAAGCGGUAAGGAGUUACCGGGUGCAGGCGCGUCCCCCGCGGAAUGGUCAGGGGUUGGCGCAGGGGAGAGGCAAACGGGGCACGGGGGGUUGGAGGGGCGCGCGAUAGGUGGCCCUGGGCAAGGGUUACGGGCAGCAGCAGCAGGAGCGCGGACCACCUCCCCUCUGGCGCAGGUUCUCCCUGGGGAGGAGCCUUUUGGGGAGAGGCAUUCUAGGGACGGCUUCCCUGGGGUGGGUGCCAUCGGUAGGCGGCCGGGAGGCGGUAGAGGGGGAGGGCGGGGGGCUGUGGUAGGAAGGGGUGGUGGCGGUGGCGGCGGCGGCGGCGGGGGUGGCGGUAGCGGUGGCGUUCGAACGACCCCACCGAUGUCCCCCCUGGCGAGCCUAACGCACGAGGACUUUGCGGCGUUUGAGGGGUACUCGCGCAACCAGGACGCCAUUCACAGCGUGCUGCAGGCCGCCAGGGACCUCGUUGUGGACUGCCAGCAUGAGGGCGUGUGGGAGUCCGAGGCUACGCUCAAGCCGUGGCGCGGUGACGCCGAGCCUGACCGGCAGGUUCGGCAGCAGGGGAGAGGUGGGUCUGAGCCUGCGAGGCAGGCGUGGCAGGCCAAUUCGUACGGGCAGAAGGAGAGGGAUGCGCAGGGGCUUGUAGAGGCGAGGAGGGUAGUGGAUGGUGCGUAUGGGAACGAGGAAGAAGAGUACCGGCAGCCGGGGCAGCAGCAGCAGGGGCAGCAGCAGCAGCAGCAGCAGGGGGAGUACCAGCAGCAGCAGCAGCAGCAGCAGCAGCAGCAGCAGCAGCAGCAGCAGCAGCAGCAGCAGCAGCAGCAGCAGCAUCACCAGCAGCAGCAGCGGCGGCGGCAGCAGCAGCAGGAGGAGUGGGAGAGGAGGAACGGAUCGUACAGCGACCGGAGCUCGCUGGGCGAGCGGGCAAGCAGCAGCCAGCGCGGAUCCACCACGGAGCGAGCUGCGCCUGGCGACAUGGGGUCGUUCGGGGAGCAGAGGCAGGGGGGCCACAGCGCGCAGGAGAGGGGCAGGGCGGCUGGCCACCAGGGGCACGCGUCUGGGUCCCCCCUUGGCGCUUCCAACAGCAGCGCCGCUGCUAGUGGUCAGGUAGGGCGAGGGGGAGUAGGGGCAGGGGUGGGGGCGGGGGAAGGGGAGGGUGCAGGGGGAGAGGAAGGGUCAGGGGCAGGGGAUGGAGAAGGGGGGGUGGGAGGGGCGGGCGGGGCGGGAGGCGUGAGUGUGGUGGAUGGCGUGGCGCGGAGGAAGAAGAGGGCAGAGCGGCUGCAGGCAGUGCGGUACCGCGAUGCCAUGGCUGCUGCUGGCCUCCCCGCCGCUGCCCCCCAUGCUGGUACUGACCACUCUGCUGGCUCUGCUGCUGUUGCUGCUGCUGCCGCUGGGGAUUCUGCUAGGGAUGGUGCUGUUGGUGUUGGUGCUGCCAGGGGGAGUGGGGCAGCGGGAGGGGUGGUCAACCGUGGGGACGGGGUGGGGCAGGGCGAGACGAGUCAGCAGCACAGGCGGAUGGUGAGUGUGGACGAGAUGAUUCGAGCGUCACGGGAGCAGCGGCGUGCCAAGGCGGCAGCGGUGCACACGGCAGCAGCGGGCCCGUCCGCUGUGGACUUCUACCUGGGCUUCGAAGACGUGCCCCGCCACCUCCUGCACCACGCCCUCGCUGGUGGCAUGGCCGCUGGGGGAGCGGUGGGAGGAGUGGGAGGGGUGGGGCAAGCAGGGGGGAUGGGGCACGCGGGAGGGAUGGGGGCAGGAGGCGGAGGAGGAGGGGUCGGAGGGAGAGGAGGGGUAGGAGGAGGAGGAGGAGGAGGAGCACCGGUUAGGAGGAGAGCAGGGGAAGAAGGGAGAGGAGGGUUGGGGGGCAUGGAUAGAGCAGGAGAGGGCGGUAGCAGCAGUAGCAGCAGCUGGGCCAAGGAGGAGAUGGGGUACGUGAGGGCGGAGGGGCAGGGGGGCGAACGGCGAGGGGGUGGGGUAGGUGGAGCGGAAGGGGGAGGGGCAGUAGUGAAGGGGGGAAGGGGUCGGAGGCAGGCGAGUGCGUGUGAGGUGGGUCUGCGAGCCAUGGGGGAGGGGUUGGGGUAUGGGUAUGGGAACGAGAGUCAUGAGCAGGAACCGGGAUACAGGCAGCAGGAAGGGUAUGAGCUGGAGCAGCUGCAGGAGAAGGAGGCGAGUGAGCACCAGCAGCUGCUGCAGCAGAUGAGGCGGAGGAGGCUGCAGAGCGGCAGCGGCAGUGGCAGUGGCAGCGGCACUGGUAACAGCAUCAGUGGCGGUGCUGCCUCUUCUGCUGCUGACGUUGCUCGUCAUGCUGCUGCUGCUGCUGCUGCUAGUGCUGGUACUGCUGCUGGUACUGCUGCUGGUACUGCUGCUGGUACUGCUGCUGGUACUGCUGCUGGUACUGCUGCUGGUACUGCUGCUGGUACUGCUGCUGGUACUGCUGCUGGUACUGCUGCUGGUACUGCUGCUGGUACUGCUGGUGAUAGUGGUGCAAAUGAUCGGCUGGCGGCAUUCCUGGCCGACGCUGCCAAGCUGGCAUCAGGGAACGCUAACAGCAGCUUCAGCAGCCGAGAGGGAGGCCGGGAUAGCAGCAACGGAGAGAUUGUUACUGACAAUGAUGCUCAUGCCGCUGCUACUGCCGGUACCGGUGCUGGUGGUACGGGUGGCAGGGAGGGCUAUAGGAGGUCGAGGCUGGGCAGUGGGCAGGAGAGAGGUGCAGCGAGCGGGCACGGCAUGGCAGCUGCUGCUGCCACUGCACAAGGACCGGCAGAGUUGGGCAUUGGGGAGGAGGAGGAGGAGCAGGUGGCAACACCGCACCCCAAGCGCAUGAUAGAGCAGCUGGAACAGCUGCAGCCAUGCACAGGCCACAGCCUCGGGCAGCAGCAGCACCACCCAUCCCAAAACAAACCUCUUCAAAGCAACCUCCCCCAAAAGGACCUUCCCCAGCAGGACCACCCCCAGCAGCAGGUGGAGCAGCAGCAGGGUUUACCCGUGGUGGUGCGGGACGACCCAAUGGGGCAGGUGGCGCCCAUAACGGACCACAUCCUGCGCAUGCCGUAUGAGGACGUGCGUGCGCGCUACUCCCUGGGCAAGCACGAGAUCGGCGCGGGGCGCUUUGGGUCCAUCCGCACGUGCCUGGAGCGCGCCACUGGCCGCGUGUUUGCGUGCAAGACCAUUGACAAGAAGAGCAUCACUUGCAUGGAGGACGCGGAGGACGUGCGCAGGGAGGUGGCGUUCCUGGCGCGGCUGCAGGGCCACCCGCACAUCGUGAACCUGCAGGGCGUCAUGGAGGACGAACAGAGCAUCCGCGUGAUCAUGGAGCUGUGUGCGGGCGGGGACCUGUUCGACUGCAUCAAGGCGCGCGGGCAGCUGUCGGAGCGCACGGCAGCGCUGGUGCUGAGGGCACUGAUGGGCGCGCUGCAGCACUGCCACGCGCACGGCAUCCUGCACCGCGACGUGAAGCCCGAGAACAUCCUCAUGGCCGACCGCACGGACGACCGCAAGGGCAUCAAGCUCAUUGACUUUGGCGUCGCCACCAGUCUCGGGCAAGCGGGCCCGUGUUCGGAGGUGGCGGGCACGCCCGAGUACAUGGCGCCAGAGGUGCUGGACGCGGUGUACGGAGUGGAGGCGGACAUCUGGAGCGCGGGGGUCGUGCUCUACGUGAUUCUGUCGGGCGUGCCGCCCUUCUGGGCGUCAACGAAUCGCACGUUGGAGGAGGCGAUACGGCGCAAGAAGGUGGACUUCAAGUACUUUAAGUGGGCGGGCGUGUCUGACGACGUGAAGGAGCUCAUCAUGCGCAUGCUCAAGAAGAACCCGCGGUCCCGCAUCACGGCUCAAGAAGUGAUGAAAGAAGCAGUGCUUCCGCAUCACAGCAGAGCAAGCGAUGAGUGA